CUACCCAUGUUUUGUUAGCUCAGCCGUCACUGUUAAAGUGAAAAUCACGACACUCAAGUGGAAGAGGGAGGUCGGCGACGGCUGCUACUUCAAUCGGCGCCGCUACCGAGGUCUCCGUCGCGGCGGAAAGGGGCAUCUCCGCUCCACUACGGCGGCUAUUGACUACUAUGGUUAAUUGCAUUAAUUGUACAUAAAUAGACCUCUAAAUCAAAGUUAUGGAAGAUUCUGAUCAACCUGCCAAAUCUGCUGAAAACCAGCAAACUGAACAAGUGUGUAGUUUUUUCAGAAAGCCGGUUAAUAAAAAGAAUUUAAGGAAGCGAACUAUUGAAAUUGAAGAUAAUGAGGAGGACUCAAACAAUGAAACUUCUCUGUUGCAUAUUCAGAAGAAAACCUUAAAGGCUGACAAUAAGUUGUACUUUUCCACCGGCUCUUCAAAAAGCUCUGCAUCUGCUGAACCAAGUGAAGAAUCUGGAAAAACAGUCUUUCAAUUUGAGUCUUCAAAAGAGAUUCAAGUUCAACAUGAUAGCAAAGCAACAGCAAUUCUAGAGACCGAGACUGAGUUUUCAAAAGAUGCUCGUGCCAUCCGCGAAAGAGCUCUUAAGCAAGCAGAGGAGAGUCUGAAAGGGAAAAGUGCAAGCUCUGAGGAUAAAAAAUUAUAUAAGGGAAUGAACAGUUACAAAGACUACAAGGCUGGCUUUCGUAGGGAGCAAACAAUUGCUAGUGAAAAAGCUGGAGGGUCACAUGGUCCUCUUAGGGCUUCAGCUCAUAUUAGAGUUUCAGCAAGGUUUGAUUAUCAGCCUGACAUAUGUAAGGAUUAUAAGGAAACUGGUUACUGUGGAUAUGGUGAUUCAUGUAAGUUUAUGCAUGAUCGAGGGGAUUACAAGUCUGGGUGGCAGAUGGAGAAGGAAUGGGAAGAAGCUGAGAAACAAAGGAAAAUGAGAUUGGCUGCAGGAGAGGAUGCAGAUGAGGAGGAGGGUGCUAAUUUGACUGAUGAAGAUGAUGAGGAUUCGCUACCAUUUGCCUGUUUCAUUUGUAGAAACUCUUUUGUGGAUCCUGUAGUAACCAAGUGCAAGCACUACUUCUGCGAGCAUUGUGCAUUGAAGCAUCAUUCAAAGAAUAAGAAGUGUUUUGUCUGCAACCAGCCAACACUUGGCAUUUUUAAUGUUGCUCAUGAGAUACGCAGGAAGAUGGCCGAGGAUAAAUCAUAAAAAUGUCUCUGUAGGAUACAUGGAUCUCUUUACUUCAAGGAAGUUAUCUUUUCUCCCUCAUUUUAGUUUCAUGUUUAAGUUUGAUGCUAUGUAAUGAGUUGAAAACAUACCAUAGGUCUGCACAGUGGAAUUAGGUCUCAUUCGUUUUGUUGUAUUUCUUUGACAUAUAGAUCCCAGAAUAUCUAAUGGUGAGAGACAUUUAUGGAUUUACCCAUUUGUAUAUAGCAUGUCAGUUGGGCAUACUAUGGUUCUUUUUGCAGUAGUUUGUUACCAAAUUAAUUUUGAAUACAACGACCUUUACUUCCAUAA